AUGACAGUAUAUAAGCCUGAUUUUGGAAUAAAUCCAUGGACCCCUUGGAAACCAAUGCCACUCGUAAUAAGUGUUAUUGUUGGUGCUUCUCUGGUGCUCAUAGGUUUAGCACUAGGUUUAGGUUUGGGUAUUGGAUUAAACAAUGGUAGUCAAGAGUUGACGUUGACUUUACUCACAAACACUACAUUAACAACAAUUACAACAAAUAUUACAACUACAACAUCAACAACAUCAACAGCAUCAACAACAAAUACUACGAGCACAACAACGACAACAACAACAACAACUGUGGCUGGGGGAAAAUAA